AUGGCGAGCACGGUGCCGCCAGGCGCGAGCGGCACGGACCGACCGAGCCGACACACGCAGCGCUACGAUCGACAGCUGCGGUUGUGGAACCACUCGGGUCAGGCUGCACUCGAGGAUGCGCAUGUGCUUGUGGUUGGUGCGUCGCCCCUUGCAGGUCAAGUGUUGAAAAACCUUGUACUGCCGGGCUUAGGAUCAUUCACCAUUGUUGAUGACGCGAUCGUUUCCGAGCAAGACGCGCAACACGACUUUUUUGUCAACGCUUCACGAAUUGGCACACCUUACGCAGAGGCCCUCGCUCAGGGUCUCGCAGAGUUGAAUCCAGCAACGACUGCGACGUCAUGCUUACGGGCGCCUGAUGAGCUUUUGCGCGAGGAUCCUGCCUAUUUCCUCCAGUAUUCGUUGGUUGUGUGCGUGAGUCAGCCGAGCCGCAUUGCAAUACGAAUCUCAGAACUCGCUUGGCAUGCGUCGCCGCCGAUUCCGCUCGUAUGCGUGCGUAGCUCCGGCUUCCAAGGCGUGCUGCACGUCGCCUUUGGCGAACUGGGCAUCGUCGAGACACACCCCGAGUCGCUUGUGGAUCUACGGAUAACGCGUCCGUUUCCCGCACUGCAGGAACACGCGCGGAAGUAUGCCGUGGAUGCGAGCGACUCGUACGCGAUGAGCCACGUUCCUUUUGUGGUGCUGCUGCUUCAAGCACUCGAGGCGUGGCGGGCCACGCACGAUGGUGCCAUGCCCUCGCCGGCGUCGCGGCGUGCAUUUGUUGACUUUAUGCGUGCGCGAGCGCCGCCUGGGGUCGACACGGAGAAUAUGGAUGAGGCACUCGCCGCGCUGGCGCCGCAUGUGUGGCGCCCACUGCAGUCGCCGCCAGUUCCGGCCAGCGUGACGGCGCUCUUUGACGAUGCACAGUGCCGCCAUCUUUCUGCCCGCUCGCCACCAUUUUGGCUGCUCGUCGCUGCGCUUCGCCGGUUUGUGCAGCGCCAUGGCGUGCUCCCCUUGGCGAGCUCGCUACCCGACAUGAAAGCUACUUCGAAAGACUUUGUCGCACUUCAGAACGUGUAUGCAGUCCAGGCGCGUGCGGACCUCGAUGCGUUCCUCGGCGAUCUGGACGCCGUGCUGGUCGACGUCGGUACGUCGCGCACAGACGCGUCACUCACGGACGAUUCGGUACGUGUCUUUGUCAAGCAUGCUGCGUUUUUGCAGCUCAUUCGCGGCCGUGGCUUGACGCACCAGUGGCGCGCUCCAAAUGUCCGCGCACUCGAGGCUGCGUUGUCGGACCCCGUAAAUCCUGUGACGGCACAGUACCACUUGGCGUUUAUGGCGGCGGACCGCUUUAUCGAACGGUAUGCGCGGUGUCCUGGCGCGCACGAUAACGACGUGGCUGGUGAUGCACGUGCGCUGCUGAACGAGGCAGUGGCGUACGCGGCAGAGGUGUCGUUGUCUCUCUCUGCGGACCACCACGAACGGCUCGCCGAGGCCUGCCGCGAGAUGGCCCGCGGUGCCUGCAGCGACACGCCGGCUACGGCCGCGCUCCUAGGUGGGCUUGUGGCACAGGAAAUCAUCAAGAUUCUCACGGUGCAGUACCUACCUUUGGAGAACACAUGUGUCUACGAUGGUAUUGUCCAGGCGCUCAGCACGUUCCGACUCUAA